AUGUCUGCCAAUAUUAAAGCAAGGGUAUCAACUCAAAUGGCUUAUAAGGCCAAGAGGGAAGCUUUGCUAGAGGUUGAGGGUUCUAUAAGAUACCAGUUUGCAAGGCUGAAGGAUUAUGGUAGUGAGCUUAAGAGGGUGGAUCCGGAAACUACCAUAGAUAUAAAGUGUGAUUUCAGCAAUUCAAGCAAGGAACCACUCUUCAAAAGAAUGUACAUAUGCUUAUAUUGGUGCAGAGCUUUCUUUAACACAAGUGUCAACUGUGACAUUAUGGACAAUAACUUAUGUGAGAGUUUCAAUGGUUGGCUUGUGGAAGCUAGGAAGAAGCCGCUUGUGACCAUGUUUGAGGAGAUAAGGGUCAAGCUUAUGAAAAGGAUUCAAAUGAGAAAGGAGAAAAUGGAAGCUUUGCAAGGAAACAUCUACCCCAAGCCGAGGAAAGUGUUGGAGAAGAAUAAGAUCAAGGUUGCAACAGAUUAUAUUCCCACUUUCAAUGGUGGUGAUGAAGCUGAGGUUGAAAAUAUAGAAGGAGCCAAGAAUGUUGUGAACAUGAGGCAUAGGACAUGCAACUGCAGAAGAUGGGACUUGAUUGGAAUUGCAUGCAAACAUGCAAUUUCUGCCAUACACUUGAGGAGGCAUGACCCAUAUGAUUAUGUGGCAAAUUGCUACUUGAAGAAGACCUAUUUGGCUAUCUACAACAAUCUUAUAAGGCCUGUUAAUAGCAUGGAUCUGUGGCAAAGAAGCGAUGAUCCACCAAUCCUACCUUCACAAUAUUCAAGGCAGCCAGGUAGGCCAAAAACAAAGAGAAUUAAGGAUGCUUCAGAAAAUGCUCCAAGUGGUGAUGGUAAGCUUGGAAAGCAGCAAAGAUCUCUUAGUUGUGGCAAUUGUGGCCAAACUAAGAAAGGGAAAAAGUGUCCUUUGACUGCAAAUCAGUUGAGGAUGAAAGCCAAAGAAAGAGCCGAGUAUCAAAGGAAAAAGCUUGUUGCUGCCAAGGCUGCAAAGUUGGCAACAAACAGGUCUGCCCACACAACAUCAGCAUCAAGGCCUCAACAAGCCGCAAGCAGACCUACAACCUCAAGGACUCAACCAACUUCAACUGCCCCGACAAGUUCUAGGCCUCCACAAGCUUCUACAUCAUCAACCAACAAGGCAGCAACUUCAACAAGGUCAUCCCAAAGGAUCAUGGAGAGAUCAGGUACAGGAGAUGGAAACUAG